UAGGCACAGGCUCCCCGUGACCCGAGGUAGUUCGGAUAAGCGGUAGAAAAUGAAUGAAUGAAUAUAAUAUACAGUAUACAGUUCUUUGGUGCUAAUAGACUAGGACGUAGUCUUCAUGUUUACAGCAGCAGAUCGUAAGUUGAGAUCUUUCCAGAGGUGAAAUGAACCGCAGCAGAGUGUUUAAAUCUGUUCAUGUUUGGUAGAAGAAAUAGAGUCACAAGAGCAGAAAGCUCCCAGCAGAAGUAUUCUAUCAGGAUGAAUAAGGCAGGUCCGGGGGCGAGAGGAACCACGGUAGUAGAAGCGUAUCAGGAUCUCACACACACACACACACACAUACAUAGAGAGAGAACAGUGGUUUAAAAGGGUGUACACUGUUAUCAAAGUGCAAGAGGAGACUCGGGCAGGUCGAGCUAUAACAGCAUGAGUACUAAAAAAAGAAAGAAAGAGAGAAGGAAAGGCAGAAAACUGUCAAAAACGGAAACAAAAAAGAUUCAAGCAAAAGAGACAAAGAAGAAGAAACAGGAAGAGGAAAAAAUAUCCGAUACUAGAAAUGCAGACAUGGGCCAACAUGAUACACUUCCUGCUACAGCGUGAUACCUGCCCCGGUGGAGUUACGUUACUGGACUCGAUGUCGGCUCUGGGGGACCUCGGAUGGGAGGCGUAUCCAGCAGAAGGGUGGGAGGAGAUCAGCGUGAUGGACGAGCGCAACACGCCCAUGCGCUCAUAUCAAGUGUGCAAUGUGAUGGAGGCCAACCAGAACAACUGGCUCCGUACUCGACACAUUGCCCGUCAUGGUGCUCAGCGCAUCUACAUCGAGAUCAAGUUCACGCUACGUGACUGCAACAGCCUUCCUGGAGUCCCUGGGACUUGCAAAGAGACGUUCAACAUGUACUAUCAUGAGUCCAACAACGACAACCUGUGGUUUAUCAAGGAGAGCCAGUACGUCAAGAUUGACACAAUUGCCGCAGACGAGAGCUUUACCCAGACCGACGUUGGUGACCGCGUCAUGAAACUGAACACAGAGGUUCGGGAUAUCAGCAACCUGAGCAAAAAAGGUUUCUACUUGGCUUUUCAGGAUGUUGGUGCAUGCAUCGCGCUUGUCUCCCUACGGGUUUUCUAUAAGAAGUGCCCGACUGCUGUGCACAACCUGGCGCAUUUCCCUGAUACAGUGACAGGGGGCGACUCUGCUCUUGUUGAGGUGCGUGGAUCGUGCGUUAACAACUCUGAGGAGUUUGAGUCACCGAAGAUGUACUGUAGUGCCGACGGUGGGUGGCUGGUACCGAUUGGGCGCUGCAUCUGCAAGCCAGGUUUCGAGGAGGGCAAGGACUACUGCCAAUCUUGCAGACCAGGUACAUACAAGGCUUCAGCCAAAGAUGCCUACUGCACCAAGUGUCCUCCACACAGCUACUCGCAGCAGGAGAAGGCAUCUGAGUGCACAUGUGAGAAGGGCUACUACCGUGCUGACAUGGACCCUCGAUCUAUGGCCUGCACUAGGCCUCCAUCAGCUCCAGAAAAUGGCAUUUCCACGCUAAAUGAUACAUCUGUUGCACUGGAGUGGCGUCCUCCAAGAGAAAGCGGUGGGCGCGGUGACCUUGCCUACAAUGUGCACUGCAGGAAGUGCGCACCAGACGGUAGGAAGUGCGGCCCAUGUGGAGGCGGAGUUCACUUCACGCCACGGCAGUUUGGCCUCGAUACAGCGAAAGUGUUUGUGUCCGGCCUGCUUCCUAACACAGACUACGCGUUUAGUAUCGAAGCGAUCAACGGUGUGUCCGAUCUGAGUCCGAGUCCGAAACAGCAGCUCACCAUCAACAUCACCACUGGGCAGACAGUGAGUGUGAUUCUGAAAGAGAGGAGGAGUAAAGAUAGCAUCACUCUGGCAUGGCAGGGACCAGAGAGACCCAACGGAGUCAUCGUUGAAUAUGAAGUCAUCUAUUACGAGAAGAACCAGCGGGAUCAGAACUACACAGUGCUAAAGACAAAAUCUAACAUGAUGACUGUUGAAGGCUUGAAACCGGCCACUACGUAUGUAUUCAGGGUUCGAGCUCGAACUGACGGAGGCUACGGCAGCUACAGUGGAGAGAUUGAGCUGGAGACCAGCCAGGAAGAUAUGCUGGCCAUUGGAGAUCCGAAUCAGUCCACCAUCUUGGCGGUGUCGAUAGCAGGAGGCGCGGUGCUGCUCAUCUUCCUCAUCGCAUGCUUCGUAGUGAGUGGAAGACAUUGUGGCUACAUCAAGGCGAAGCAAGAUCCCGACGAGGAGAAGAUGCAGUUUCAGCACGGCAGAGUCAAAUUGCCAGGAAGCAGGACCUACAUUCAUCCCCAUACCUACGAAGACCCGAAUCAAGCCAUUCGCGAUUUCGCUAAGGAAAUUGACGCCUCCAGCAUCCGCAUAGAAAGAGUCAUUGGUGCCGGGGAAUUCGGCGAGGUGUGUAGCGGCCGUCUGAAGCUGCCAAGCAAGCGAGAGAUCUAUGUGGCCAUCAAGAGUCUGAAAGCGGGAUACUCAGAGAAGCAGAGGCGUGAUUUUCUGAGCGAGGCGAGCAUCAUGGGUCAGUUCGAUCACCCAAACAUCAUCCGGCUGGAGGGGGUCGUCACCAAAUGCAAGCCGGUGAUGAUAAUAACCGAGUUCAUGGAAAACGGAUCCUUGGAUACGUUCUUAAAGAAACAUGAUGGUCAGUUCACCAUUAUCCAGCUGGUAGGAAUGUUACGCGGAAUCGCAUCCGGGAUGAAGUAUUUAUCGGACAUGAACUACGUCCAUCGUGACCUGGCUGCACGGAACAUCCUGGUCAACAGCAACCUGGUGUGUAAAGUGUCAGAUUUCGGCUUGUCCCGAGUGUUAGAAGACGAUCCCGAAGCUGCUUAUACGACGCGGGGUGGAAAAAUCCCAAUUCGUUGGACAGCACCGGAGGCCAUCGCGUACAGGAAGUUCACUUCAGCGAGCGACGUGUGGAGCUACGGGAUUGUCAUGUGGGAAGUUAUGUCGUAUGGAGAGCGGCCAUAUUGGGAGAUGUCCAAUCAAGAUGUGAUAAAAGCAAUCGAAGAGGGAUACCGCCUCCCUCCGCCAAUGGAUUGUCCUGUGUCUCUACACCAGCUGAUGCUGGACUGCUGGCAAAAAGAGCGAGCUGAGAGACCCAAGUUCAGCCAGAUUGUCAACAUGCUAGACAAGCUGAUCCGAAAUCCCAGUGCCCUGAAAGAGCUGGCCAACAGUUCCAUCUGGGAAGACCCAAUAACCCCAGAGCUCAGCGCCAACAGUGUGGAUGAGUGGCUGGAAGCCAUAAAGAUGGGCCAGUACAAAGACAACUUCACCUCUGCUGGCUACGUCACACUAGAUUCAGUAAUUUACAUCAGUGUAAGUGAAUUGAGUAAGAUGGGUGUAACCCUUGUUGGGCACCAGAAGAAGAUCCUCGCUAGUGUCCAGAGUCUGCAUGCCCAAGGGAGCCAUGUGCAAGUAUAACAGCUCUGGACAAACUUAUAGACAGAUAGAGGAGGCAAAAGAGAGACAGUGUGGAAGUAUGGAACCCAGAAGAGUGCUUCACCAUGCCAAACCCCAAUCCUGGACAUUUGGCAACAGCUCAAGAGCUCACAAUUUGUGCAGCAGAACCAGAGACUGAUUAGCAGUGGAAAAUUCAAUCCAGACGGAUGAUGAUGGUCAAACAAAAACUCUGAUGAUUUAAGAACAUUAUUGUGAGAUGUGUACAGUCAUUUGCAUUCUUGUUUCCUGUCAUUUGCUUCGUUUUUCACGGUUUGAGAUUUAGAUAAAUAAAAUGGUUCCUGAGUGGAUUUGGACCUAAUGGUAGUGUGUUUGGACGUACAGUAUGGCCCUUGUAGUGCUGUACUCUGAACAUGAUAGCAGACAGGAGGUACGGUUUGCAGCCCUGGCUCACAAGAUGAUGUUUAAGAUGGCCAUUUUUAAUGGUCUGUAGUAAUAAUUGUAUGAGGCACUCUUUCGGGUUGGAUUCCCUAACUAACGGCAAUAGAAGAUUAUGUUUCACCAGCGGAAGUAGGGCAAGCAGUCUUCUGGAAAUGUAAUUUAAUCCCAGCCUUUGUGUUUCAGAUUACAGCAUUAUGGUAUGAGGAAACAUUGCAAUGAGUAGCUAAUUAAUUGCUAAGAUAAGAGAUGUCCUUUGCUGUAAUAUCCAGUAGAUAAUGUCAGUUUAUUGUCAGUAAAAAAAAAAAAAUAGUCAUAUGGUGGGCUAGUUUUUGAUAGUUAAUGCUAGUCAUGGUUACGCCCCAGUUGUCUGAUUGAGAAUGUCUCUUUGUGUUGACCUAUAAACAGAUUUCUUUUUGGAUUGGUUUUCAUAAAUUUUAUGAUUACAGAAAAGCAGAACAUGCCCAUUUGUGUACGUAUUGCACCCCGGUACACAUGACAUACACGGUGUCUUUGAGAACUUUAAAGGAAUCCUCUAUCGAAAAACAGCGGGUUGCUAAGUAUCCCUUUUUUGAGCCAAGUAUUCCUUUAAAGUUUUAAAGCAAAUUAGCCUACACUAUAAGCUAACUUGGGAGCACUGAAUGCAGAUUAAUAUUGUAAUUAACAUACUCCUGAGUAUGGCAAGAUGUUACACAUAGUGCAAAAAUGCAUAGGAGCAUUAUUUGUGUUUAGCAUUAUGAGGAACACAUUACAUAUAUACAUUCCCAGGUAGCAAAAUGAUGUUUAGGUGACUAGCUUGGCCCUAACUACAUAGUGUUUUGUCAGUGUUGAGCCAACAUUGGUAAGCUGGAUUACAAUUUGGCUGAAAGUAGUCCCUAGUGGCUCAAAAUUAGCCCAAUGGUCAAAAUACUGUUGGGGGAAAUUUGGGAAUUUGGAUUCAAAGGUAGCUUAAAACCGGUCCUGGUGGUUCAAUCUUAAUUAUGCUGAGGCAAUAUUGGCAAGGUGAAUAUAAAGGUCUCUAAAAGUCUGUCAAUUCUGGUCUCCAAUUGCUAGCCCAGUGUAUUUUCCAACCAGACACUGGGAAAGGGCCAGUAUAGCUCUAUAACUCAGUUUGCUACCUCGGGGAGCUCUGAGCAUCGACAAUGAACACCAUGUCUUUCACCAUAUUUUUGUUUACAGCAGAACAAGAAACACAAAUUACACUCUUGUAAAAUAGUGUAUAAAGCUGUACAGUGUCGAAUUCAAACAAGUGAACAAAAAGUUGUAGAAUGUUUGUAAUGUACUUUAUUUCAUUUUCUGAAGAAGAAGAAAAAGAAGAUGUGAGACGUAUCGUUCGGUGGAGCUCGCUGCCAUGGGAUAUAACAGAACUCUGGAAUGUAGCAUGGAUGCUAAAGCUUCAUCUUUUCUAAGCAAGUGACAGUGACUGCGGUUCUUUUUUCACUCCAGUGGUGGCUGUAGCUGCUUGACGUUAGAUGCCUUACUAACCGUGCUGUUUCUUUCUCUUCUUCCUGGUAGAGGCAGUAUCAUGAUGAGAUAUAUUGUACAUAGUAUUUAUCAUAACAACGCCACUGAAAGCUAUAGCGAAUGUCGGCGCAACGCGUCCAGCUUUGUGUUAAUUCACCUUUCAGAGGUUGAACCUCCUUUCGUUCACAGUAUUCAAGCUUGUGUUGGUGCAUGUAACUUUGGGGAAAGAGUGAUCACAAAAUUGUUCAUGCUGAUUUUGCUGCAUUUACAACACUACUAUUUUUGUA